UUUACGAGUUUCGUGAAAAUUUGUGAUAUUUUAGCUCCUCUCCGUUUAAUACACCACCCGGAAAUUGACCCAAUCACUGCUUUGCCAAGAUGCCCAAAAUUCACGAAGCUCUCAAACCAAUCCAGUGGCUAAUAGGCACUUGGGAAUCGGUUACCGCGCAAGGGAGCUUUCCAACGAUAAGGGAUUUUUCCUACAACGAGGUGAUCAAGUUCGAAUCGCUGGGGCAACCGUUGCUCAACUACGAAGCACGCUCUAAGAAUCCCAUUUCCGGGAACCCGAUGCACCUGGAAAGUGGCUUCCUUCGCAUUAAACCCGGAACCAACGAAGUUGCGUUCAUGGUUGCCCAUAAUUUCGGUUUGGUUGUACUGGAGGAAGGAACGGCGAGCGACAGCGGACUACAGCUGACAUCAAAAUCCGUGGAUCGUAUGUCCUUUGCGAAGGACCCUGCCGUAAAGGCUAUCCAGAAAACCUACCGCCUAAAUGCCGACGGAACCCUAGAGAUUCAAACGGCUAUGGAAACGAGCAGCACACCACUGACCAACCACCUGAUUGCAGUCUAUAAGAAGAAGGAUUAGUUCUACUGUGUUCCGGCGUUCCAAAGAAACUGCCCAGAAAGGGCGAGGGACAACAGUAACCGAGGGCCAGUCAAAUGUUGCUGAAAUUAGUAUUCGGGGUGUUCGGGAUAUACGGCUUUCAAGA